CCUUUAACGCGCAGACUUAAUUUUAAAUUCAACGAUUGAGACAAACUGUGGCAUCCAUAGAAGCCACUUUAAUUCUACUUGUAUGCGCGCGAUUUUUUAUACUAAAGUAGAUUUUACAUAUCUGUGGCAUAAAUAGUAGCCACUUUGUUAUCAGUGAAUAAAACGUGGUUAAAAGAUUUUAAAUAUGAUUGUUAUUAUCAAUAUCGAUUAUACGAUCAUGGAAACAUGUGUUGACAUGAUACUAGUUUAUAAAGUGAAGUGAUAGCAUUAUAAAAACAUAUUUUUAUCAUAAGUGGCAUGUAUACAAGCCACUAUUCGAUAAAAUGACCAAUACAUUUGAUUAAUUCAAAUUUUUCGUGUUUUUUUUUUAAAUUGUUCAAAAAUAAUCUGUGACAUCAAACAAUUUCUGAACAAAACAUGUCGAAAUUAUCAAAUGACGACAUUGUGGAAUUUUUAAAUGGAAUUUCUGACAGACAGGCCAUUGACUCUGAAUUUGAGGGAGACAGCGAUGGUGAAGAUGCACCAUGUUUCGACAGAUAUUCAACAGGUAGAACAUACAAAAGAAAAAUAAGGAAUACAAAUUUACAUGGUGAGUCUUCAUGUUCUACCCCAUCUCCUCUACAUUCAGUUACUUCAUCAAAGCUUAGACCUAAACGUCCAAAGUCUUCAGCAAAUAGUGAAAUGUCUUUACAAGAUUCAGAUUUGGAAUAUGAUGAUAGUGAUGCUGACCCUACAUAUGAACCUAUUUUAAACAAAGAUGAGCUUAGCAAUAGUUUAACAGAAAAUAAUGAUGAAGUACUAAAUGAUAUAUUAAAUAUUUCAGAACCAAAUAAUACAGAAAAUAUUGACUUGCUUGUAGAUUUUAUUGAAAAUUCUGAUAGUGAAGAUAGUGUUAUUUUUGAAAAUAAUAAUUUUCAAUUUUCAAAAGAGCCACCAUUUACUGAAUUAACUUAUAACACAUUUACUUUUAAUGAACCAUAUGGACCAAAUGUAUUUGUUGACACAAAAUCACCUUUACAAAAUUUUGAAAUUUUUUUUUCUGAUUUUUAUCAACACAUUGUUGAUCAAUCAAACAUAUAUUCAAACCAAUGCGGUAAAAAUUUAAAUUUAAAUAUUGCUGAAUUAAAAGCUUUUUUAGGCAUACUUAUUAUUAUGGGUUUUAAUAAAUUGCCAAGUAUUCGCCUAUAUUGGAGUGCUGAUGAAAAUUUUUAUAACCCUCGUUUAGCAAAAGUCAUGACUCAAAAACGGUUUUUAAACAUAUUACGUUAUUUACAUUUGAACAAUAAUGGUGUUAUGCCUCAAAAGGGUAGUGCUUCUUAUGACAAACUUUACAAAAUUCGUCCUAUGAUAAACUACUUAAAUGAUGCUUUUAGUAAAAGUUUUUCCCCAGAUAAACAUUUAAGUUGUGAUGAAAGUAUGGUCGCUUUUAAAGGGCGAUCAGGAAUUAAACAGUACAUGCCCAUGAAACCUGUUAAAAGAGGGUUUAAGAUAUGGGCAUUAUGUUGUUCUAUUACUGGUUAUUUACUUAGUUUUAUGGUAUAUGAAGGGAAAAAAGAAUCUAAAGAACAAGGAUCCUUGGGUGAGAAAACUGUGCUUGAAAUGACAAGUAAUUAUCAAGAAAAGGGUUAUUGUGUAUUUUUUGAUAGGUUUUUCUCUAGUAUUGAUCUUGUUUUAAAAUUAUUAAGUAGAAAAAUAUUUGCUUGUGGUACUAUGAUGCAGAACAGGAAAUAUUUUCCUAAAAGUAUACUAAAAUCAGAUAAAACUUUAAAAAUGGGUGAAUAUGAUUUUGCUACAUCAGGAGAGAUAUCUGUUUUCAAAUGGAUGGAUAGAGGAAAGAAACCCGUAGUGACUGUCUCUACUAUGCAUAAAGGUGAGACUACAUCUAUAGUUAAAAGAAAAAAUAAUUUAGGUGUAAGAGAAGAUGUUCAAUGCCCUCUAAGUAUAGCUGAAUACAAUAAAUACAUGGGGGGAGUCGACCAUUUUGACCAACUUAAAGAGUGUUAUAAUAUCGCUUGGAAAUCUAGAAGAUGGUGGGUUAAACUUUUUUAUCAUUUUUGUGAUGCAACAAUUGUAAAUGCUUAUAUUAUGUAUACUACAAGUGUUAAAUUAAAUUCAAAUAAAAUAAGACCUUUGAAUCAGUUAUUGUUUCGUUCUACGUUGGCUAAUGAGUUAAUCGGUGAAUUUUGUAGUCGGAAAACUGUUGCACCUAACAAAAAUAUUCCUUCUACAAAAAGAAAACCAAAAGCAACAGGAGAUGGUCGUAUUAUAUUACCGGGAAAUAAUAGCCGAUUACAAAAUGUAGGUAAUCAUUUGCCUAUUGUUGGUAAAUAUAACCGUUGUAGACUUUGUAGCACAAAAAAAGAUGUUAAACGAUCUAAAAUAACCUGCAAAGAAUGUAAAGUUGCUCUUUGUUUAGAGUGUUUUUUGCCUUUCCAUUCUCCAUAAAAAAAAAAAAAACACUAAAAUAGUAUUUAUAAUGUAAUUAAAAAUGUAUUGUGAUAUACCUUGAGUUUUAUAAAAAGUGAUAUUGUGUCAAUAUUAGAUAACUAUUAAUGUAUUAGGUAACAUGUUAUUUUAUCUAAUUAUAUAUUAUGUUUAAAAAUUAAUAUGUACAUUGAUAUAACUUAUAAUAAAUUGUUAACUAAGAGACUUGAAAAAAUAAUUGGGCUGUGAUACCUAUAUUAUUUUAUAAUUCUAAAUAGUAAAUACUAUUUAAUUUGUUAUGUAUACUAAAGGAAGCAUUUUUUAUUACCUAUAUUUUAAUUUAUUAUUAUACAAUGUUAUACUGUUGUUAUACUUAUGACUAUGAAGUUUAUGGUCUUUUCCAAAGUUGUUUUUGUUAAUUUGUUAUUAUUUUUUAUUAUUAUUCAAUAUUAGAUAACUAUU